GAGGGGGGGGGGAGGGGCGGUUUGUUUGUUUGUUUGGUUCGCGGGGAAGAUAUCGCGGCUCUCGCGGUUGAAAUUAAAAUGGGCCGAAAUAGUGAUCGUUGUGUCUGUUUGAAGGACAAACGGCCUCUAAGCGCGCGGGAGGGGUGGGGGGUGAUGGGAGGUCAUAGGUCGUUGCUAUGGUGAGGCGGUUGUCGGCGGAAAGCUGAGCGGAGGCGCAUCGAAACCCGGAGAGGCCCCAACGGGCAAUGGAGUACACCGGCAGCAGCUAUGUCGGCGAGUAUAAAAAUGGCAGGAUGGAGGGACAUGGUAAGUAUACCCUCCCAACAGACACCAUAUACGAAGGAGGGAUGAAAGAUGGCCUGUUUCAUGGUCAAGGUACCUUGUACUUUCCCAAUGGAAGCAAAUACGAAGCCUUUUGGAAAAACGGAGUUAAAUUAUCGGGCAAAUACAUAUUUGCAGAUGGGCUGAAAUACAGUGAUGAAGACUGGAAUUAUUGCGACGCAUAUGACAGACGCUUUUACACUGAAAUAUGCAAUGGAUUGAAACCAGCAGGUCGUUCUCAGCUUACGGACCUGGAUCCUCCAAGAACAAUUCCAGAAGGAUGUUAUGACUGUGGUGAUGGCUUCUAUAACCCCGAAGAAAGAAUAGUCUAUGAUUACAACAAUAAAUUUCUCCGUAACGCCGAUGAUGACGAGAAUGAGUGGAUAAUCCGGACCUGUCGGAAGGGUUGGGAUGAGAUAACGGGAUUCAAGCCUAAAAGCCGUAAGGAGCCAGUUCAGGAGCCUUUCUAACCUUCCCCAGAAGGUUUGAGCUUCAUGGAAUCUCUGCUGCCGUCUGAAAUAUUUGACUCUUUUCACUUCUUAUUUUCACUCUGGAGUUUUGUACAGUUUGAGGAAUCGGCCUGAAAUAUUAUUGCAUUUAAAAAAUGUUUUCGAGCGUUGUACUUUUCUUUUUAAAGGACAGUCACUUUGUAUUGAUUUUUAUUAAGGAAAAAAUUGAAGUGUUGUGCAAUGUUCAUAUUUGAGAAAUGUAAGAACAUUCUAUCAAGUGCAAUUUUCCUCAGUUCUUCAUUUUCUUUGUGUAUCCCAUGAUAAAACAUGCACUUUUAAUAUCCUGAGAAUCAUUUGUUAUGGAGUCUAUAGACUGAAAACAUAACAAAGUGCUUCACAGCUAAUUGCUGUUAAGCAUUGUGUUCUUUUCAUAGGGAAGUGUGGCAAGUACUAUAAAACGCUGUGUAAGUUACGGGCUUACUGAUUAUUUCUGUAUCUGUUAAAUUUUAUUCAGUUUGUAAACUAAUAAGCAUUGAGUCUUCUCUUGGACUAGGUGAAAUACAUGUCCUUGCAGGGCUGUGUAUUAUGGUUGUUAGUCGAUCAGCAGAUUGCUUUUCC